AUGAAGCUGUGGUUAAUUGCUGCCAUUAUUCUCUCUAUUGGAGUUCAAGCCGUGUUGAGCUUGAAGUGUUUGUCCUGCUUAAGUGACAAGUCAUGGGAUGACUGUAAAGGAAAAAGCAAGUCCUGCGUGGCUCCGGUUACCGAUGAUUGUAUUAAGAUGUACUUGAAAUCUAGUUCAGAGGAAUUAUUCAUGAGAGGUUGCAGUACCAAUGAUAACUGUGACACGAACAUCAACGCUCUUUGUAGAGACGCCUACGAGUGUGACAUCUAUUGCUGUAACGGAGACGACUGCAAUGCUAGCACAGCAACCCACAUCAGCGGUGUUCUGUUACUGUCAUGCGCCCUGGCAUCUCUUUCGAUCUUUUUCAAAGCCUGAUUUGAGGUCACGUACGGCUUAU